AUGUCAGAUGGUAACUCCCCAGCGGAGGAGAUUCUUCCAACUCCAGCCCCGGCUGCCCCAGCUCCUCCAGUUGUUCCAGCUGCUCCAGCUUCAGAUUCCAGGCCGCUGAACGAGCUUCAGGAUUACCCUGAUGCCAAGGGUAGCACUAUAAGGAAUGAUGCAGAGAGCAAGGACAUUGCAGCUACAGCCAUCAGGAGCAAGAGCCAUGACACGAGCGCAAGGCCGAACAACGAGACCGAGGAGGUGCUGGCCCCUGCCCCACGUAAAUCUGGCAGACGGAAGACAAUGGAACCUUCACGAGCUAGGAAAUCUCCGCUGGAACGGCAGAGAUUGUCAAAGUCCCCCGAAGGAAAUGAGCAGGAGUCUAGACGUGUGGGCGUUCGCAGCAAGACUGAUGCAGACUUGUCGAGGACGAUCCGUGUGAUAGAGGCAGAAGGAGAGGCAAAGGACACGGCAGCUACAGCCAUCAGGAGCAAGAGCCAUGACACGAGCGCAAGGCCGAACAACGAGACCGAGGAGGUGCUGGCCCCUGCCGCACGUAAAUCUGGCAGACGGAAGACAAUGGAACCUUCACGAGCUAGGAAAUCUCCGCUGGAACGGCAGAGAUUGUCAACGUCCCCUGAAGGAAAUGAGCAGGACAUGGUAGCUACAGCCAUCAGGAGCAAGAGUCAUGAAGCUGAUGGGAGGGUACCCCAGCAGGCGGACGAGGAAUCGUCUUCUCCGUCCAGAUUGCGUGAGUUUCUGAAGCCAACAGUUGAUUUUGUUGCAUUGUCCAAGUUGGUGGCGAAAAAGAACAUCAAACAGAGGAAUCAAACGAAGGCAGACAAGCCUGAAGUACCGGUGCCACCAACUCGAGAUUUGCAACUGAUCAGGAUGACCUUCAGCACAGCACGCAGAGCCAUUCUGAGGAGGGCUUCUGUCGGCCAUGCUGACCAUGGAUCUCCGAGAACAGCCAUUCGCUUGGCCAUCCGAACAGUUGGUCGGGCUGCAAGCAUGGCUAUGAGGGGACGUCGAGCCAAGGCCGUCCGCAUGAUGCGAAUCUUCGUGGCGGCGAAGAAGCGAAACGACUUCCCAGAGGAACAACGACGCUACAAUGCGGAAGUUCAAAUGGACGAGAUCAUGGAGGAGCAUGUGACGAGCAUCUUUUGGCAAUGUGUGCUGCUGAAAAUUGACACCUAUGAGAACAUCAUUCCAGAACUCCUGAAAGCCUUCGCAGAGCCUGGUGCGGGCGUCAUGGAAUCUAUGCCAGAUUUGCGUAGAGUGCUAGAGGCACACCUCAGGCAUCUUGAGGCCGAGGUUGAUGACGCAGUCGAGUCCGGAGACUAUGAUGCGAGCACCAACUCCAGUAAAACGAAGCAGGAAUAUCGGCGCAUUGUGGAGAAAGUGAUGGAAGAGGCCUCACAUAUUAGGUCCUUGGUGAUCUACUCACGAACGAUUUCCCGGAUGGGACGAAUGCAGAAUGUGGCACAUGGGGAUGAUGCCGAAUCACUGCUCAACAAGAUCAUGCAGCUGGACGCUUCCAAAAGACUGCUGCGAAAACUCACAGAGGACUCCGAGGAGCCUGUGCUGCGAAUGCGGCCGCCACGGCCGCGCCGUCGACGGGUCAAGGCCAAGGGCUCCCAAUCUGAAUCGCAGAGAGGGGAUGAGUCAAAUGAGCUGGACGAGUUUGGCAGGGGAACUCUAGAGGUGGAAUCUGGAAGAGCGGAUGCAUCAAGUGACAGAGGUGAGUCUCUAUCAAGUGAAAACAGUAGUAGUGAGUCGUACUCCUCAGAGUCUGAAGCAAUAGAAGAAGAGGAUGAAGACAUAGAAGAUGACACACAGAGGCCCAGAAGCGAUAUUGAUGCGUCCCCACUUGAUAAUGCGACUUCAGAGGCUGGAGAUUCAGAACUUGAAGCCCCAAGUGUGAGCGCUGCGGUUGAAAAGAAUGAGCAGCAGCAGCAGCAGCAGGAGCAGGAACAUGCCAAUGAGAUGGCUGAAGCAGGAGAAAGAGGAGAGAGAGGAGGGCAGAGAGGAGGAGGAGAAGCAAGAGAAGGAGAAGGAGGAGAAGAUGGAGGAGAAGGAGGAGGAGGAGACCAUGAAGAAACUGAGAAAGCAAGGGAUGCCAGGGAUGCGACCCAUGGGCAUGACGGACCCCAAGAAAGCCAAAGCUCAAGGCCUCCAACUUUUGCAAGUGAGGGAAGCCGCACCUUCAGUGGGAAGUUGACUCUUGGACCAGACUGGCGACGAUUGGUCUCUGAGGCCGCUGAGGAAGCGAUAAAUUUAGAGGCCAUGUGGGCAGAGUCUGCGGAGCUUGUGCACAUCGCGACUCUUGAGCUCUCCGAAGAUUGGGAGCAGAUAGCUGAGGAGUACAUAGCAGAUUGCGAAGAAAGAGUUGUGAUCAAGGACAACAGAGGGCAGAUCUUGACUUUGCCUGGUGAUGUGCCAAGUCCAUCAGACUUUCCAUUGGAAGUCUUCCAACAGGACACCAGCAAGGCAGUUUUGACUUUGCCCGGUGAUGUGGGAAGCCCAUCGUAUUCUUCCGCAAUCCGGGAGGACCAGGAGACUCCACAAAGAUCAACAAGCAAGGCUCAAGUGAAGAGGCGUUUGAUCUAUUCCAAUGCCCCCAAGGGCCGCGGUAGGAUGGCUUUCUCCUGGGGGGGCCUGGGAGGAAGAUGA